AUGGUAACGGUAGUGAGUGUGAUUGAUGAUGAGAUAAGUGAUGGAGAAAAGAGCGAGAACAAGUUGUUUUUUGUUGUCUCUGGUUUUUUCUUUUUUCUUCCAGCAGCUUUUAUACUGCUUCAUAGAAAUUAUUUUUUUCGUUGGCGUAAUUUUACAGUCAAUAUUACACUGAAGCGACGAUCUCGAAGUCCGUCUCCAGUUGUGGAGAACGGUCAGAAAUCCUUAGCUCCAUCGGAAUCACUUGAUAGUCGUUUGGCUAUGUCAACAACGACAACGUCAGCUGCUUCUACUGUAACAUCACCAGCCCAAGUGAGAACAUUGUUUGUGUCGGGCUUACCGAUGGAUGCGAAACCACGUGAACUUUAUUUACUUUUUCGAGCGUAUCCGGGUUAUGAGAGUUCAUUGCUGAAAAUCACCUCAAAAAAUGGUAAAACAGCAACACCAGUUGGUUUUGUAACAUUUUCAUCAAAACUCGCAGCAGAUGAAGCUCGAAAAGCAUUACAAGGUGUUCGGUUUGAUCCGGAUAGUACACAAACGAUACGUCUUGAAUUGGCGCGAAGUAAUACAAAAGUAUCGAAACCAAAGCGAAUAACACCUCCACCACCAAUAAUGCACAAUCCGACUGGUUUACAAGCCGCAGCAAUGUUCCAAAACGCUGCUGUCGCUGCUGCUGCACAACCGAAUCAUUUUCUUGCUUCCUUGUCUACCUCACAUGCCCAUGAUCUUGCGAACGCUGCUACUGCAGCAUGCUUUGAACCGAAUCUAUCGUCUAUUUUUCCUGAACAUCAACUAUUUACAUUAUCAUCGUUGUCGCAACUUACGCAACCUCAUGUUAUUUUUCCCUCGAAUUCGACUGUAUUGCCUCAAGUUAGCACGAAUCCUGCAGCCGCUGCUGCAGCAGCAGCUAUUUUUCAGCCAAAUGCUGCUAUACUUGCACAGCUUACUGCUGCUCAGUUAAAUGCUGCUUCUCAAGCCGCAGCGGCUUCUCAAGCUGUAGCAGUAGCAACUGCUCCACCUGGGUGUUCAACUUUAUUCGUUGCAAAUUUGGGUUCAUCAGUCACCGAAGAGGAAUUAAAACAGGUGUUUCGUUCAUUCCCUGGAUUUUGUCGUCUUCGAAUGUACACGAAAGGUGGUUCGUCUAUUGCUUUUGUUGAAUAUGCCGAUAUUCGUCAAGCGACUCAAGCAAUGACUAGCUUACAGGGAUUUCAGAUAUCUGGUUCAGAUCGUGGCGGAAUGCGUAUCGAAUUCGCUAAGAACAAAAUGAGCGACAUUAAUGGUAAGAGUUCAUUUUAUUUAAAUAUUCAUAGAGCUUAA